CCGGGAUUCCUCAAUGGCGGAUGACACGCCUACUUAGACGCCGUCUCCUAGCGACCUGGCCACGCCUACAGAGACUGAGCCAAUCGCCGGCGGCUUCCUUGUGUCCCCCGAGCACGUGCUGACUGGACAAUCCUCUUUGAGAGCACAGGCCGCUCCCCCCCUGCGAUCUGAUUAGCGGCCGCGGCCGGGGCGUGGCUCCAGGUUUAAACUGCAGCGUGGUGGCCACGCCCAGCGAGUGGAGAGCCCUCAUCCUGCACGUAGAUGCUGCUUAUAUAGGGCUGGCAGAGGCUACUAUGCAUCUAUAGACACGUAGCUGCCAGCCUGCAUACAUCCACACUGGCCGCACACAUCUGCACAUCACCUCCAUACAUCUACUCAGUACAGCUCUCUCUGUAUACAGCUGGGGAACAGUAUACAUUCCAACACAUAGGCCCAUGUGUAUGUAGCCUGGAUAUAUUAUCAUCACCCUAUUGCACUGUAUUGCAUUGGCAUUCCUUGAAUAGUCGCCAAGCUUGAGGGUCUGGCCUACACUGAGGGCUUGUGGUGCUAUUCCAUUGGACAUCUCCUGAGGGUGCUAUUCCAUUGGACAUCUCCUGAGCCUACUAGUCAAUUGGACAUCUCCUGAGGGUACUAGUCCAUUGGACAUCUCCUGAGGGUGCUUUUCCAUUGGACAUCUCCUGAGGCUACUAGUCAAUUGGACAUCUCCUGAGGGUACUAGUCCAUUGGACAUCUCCUGAGGGUGCUUUUCCAUUGGACAUCUCCUGAGGGUACUAUUCCAUUGGACAUCUCCUGAGGGUACUAUUCCAUUGGACAUCUCCUGGACACUGCACAUGAACCUCUGCCCAAAUCUUUUUGUACUGUUAAUUUGCUGUCUGAUUGGCACAUCCAAGACUCUCCAGAUGACAUUGUCCUUCCUGCAAGCUAAAGAUACUCUGUAGAUAGGUGCAAUGUUCUGUAAGAAUUGCUGAGUUGCCAAUGACAGCUGGGACUUCCUCGUCACCUUCCCAAGCAAUGCCUCUCAAUUGUAGCCUGACUCUGGACCUUGAGAAGCUGGCACUGGAGCACAUUGCACCUUGCUUGCUGUCCUCUGGCUACUGUUACCUGGAUCACAUCUUGGGAGAAGCCCUGGGGGAUCAGGUUCUGGAGCAGGUUAGGCGUUUGCACAAGAAUGGGGCACUGAAGGAUGGCCAGCUGGCAGGACACCAACGAGGAGUUUCCAAGAGGCACCUGCGGGGAGAUAAAAUCGCAUGGAUCGCUGGCACAGAGGAAGGCUGCGAGGCCAUAGGACUUGUUCUGUCAGUCAUUGACCGACUAGUGGUCCUGUGUGGAAACCAGCUGGGCCAAUACUAUGUAAAGGAGAGAUCCAAGGCAAUGGUAGCUUGUUAUCCCGGCAAUGGCGCUGGGUAUGUACGGCAUGUAGAUAACCCCACUGGCGACGGGCGCUGCAUAACCUGCAUCUACUACCUGAACAAGAACUGGGAUGCAAAGAUUCACGGUGGUAUAUUGCGAAUAUUUCCUGACAAUGGCUCGCGUGUGGCCGAUGUAGAACCCCUCUUUGACCGGUUGCUGCUUUUCUGGUCUGACCGGCGCAAUCCACAUGAAGUGCAACCCUCCUACGCUACCAGAUAUGCUUUAACAGUCUGGUAUUUUGAUGCUAAAGAGAGAGCAGCAGCCAAGCAGAGAUUCAAAAGGUUGAGUGAGUCUACAGAGGACCCAACUUCUAAGGACAGCUGAUACCCAACUGGUUCCAUCCAAAAUAGAUGUGAUGGUUUCUCAUCUCCCAAAUACUGCACUGGAAUGUGUACAGAUGAAGCUUCAUUUGGAGAAUGAGGGAGGAGGACAAUGCAUCACAACAGUCACAAAUAAUGUUCUUGGUUGAUCCUAAUCUAACAGCGUGUUUAUGUGUUGUCUUCACUGGAAAAGACUACAUGGCAUCAAGUCUAGAAAUGAAAUAUUGAGCUCAGACUUUGUUCCUGUCCUCUCUAGGACACCUACAAGACUGCAAAGUACAAACCAAAUGUCCAGUUGUCUAGGUUGACCACCCAUCAAGCACAAGUGACUGGAGUUAUGGGCACCCACACAGGACUGUGUGUGCGCAUCCCACUCUCUGGUAUUAGAACCACUUCAAGUACAUUCUCUUCAAGCAUAGACUGAACAAUAUAGUUAGUGCUCUUUUAGCACAAUAAUUUACUUUUCGGUACAAUGUAUUUACCUACGGCUAAGCCUAAGAGACUAUGGAUUGUGUACAAGUAAUACAGACACAAUGGAAGUGAUGCAUUAAAGAUAAAUGAAUUGGUACGCUCACUGACCAAAUAAUGACAUACCUGCUGGCCAGAGCAUGUCCUCAUAGUUGUGCAGUAAUCCUGCCAUGCUUUGGUAAUAUCCCUGCAUGCUAUAAAUAGACAGGAAGCUUAGGCAGCAUUGGGCAAGGAUAUGUGUGGCAUAUAUCCUCUUAAUGUAUUACAGCCUAUGUGCUAAAUUUCAAAAGAAUAAACUGAAAAUCUGUCUCCUUU